GUCAGUCUAGCAAAAGUAGCGCGACGCAGUGCAACGUAUAUCGUCUAAUUGGCCGUUCCCACGCGCGCGUCUUCCUGCGCGCUCCUAUAUAUACAUACACACGCGCAGUACUGUAUGCCUGUGCGCUGCUGCCGAUUACAUACAAUAUACACACCGCAGCAUCGACCGGUUUGACUCAGUGCCGAGCCAGACAAGUCGCUAAGAACGUCGUCGACGUUGCAACAAAUUAGCGUACUUAUACCCAUAUAUAAACGUACAGCACACACACACACACACACACACAUACACGGGAUAUAAAUACAAUAGAGGAAAAACGCGUGUACUUGCGGGCAUACGAUGACGAGUUGAUCGCGAUUACCGACCAACCAACGAGCGCCAAACACGAUGGAGAAAUUUCGAGUGUCGUCGCUGCUGUUGCCGCUGGUGCUCCUGAGCGCGGCGGCGGUGAUGGCCGAGGAGGCAACCCAGGAGGCCACCCUCGAGCUGCCCUCGCUCGGCAAACUCAAGGGCUCGACUCUGGAGACGAGGCUGGGUAAAAGGAUCCUGGCCUUUCGCGGUCUGAGGUACGCCGAGGCGCCCAUCGGCCAGCAGAGAUUUCAGCCGCCGAUACCGGUGAAAUCAUGGGAGAGCGUGUUCGACGCGUCCGAGGAGGGACCGGCCUGUCCCCAGAGUUUCGCCGCCAAUCAGUCCGAGGACUGUCUUCGCUUGAACAUCUACACGACCAAGCUGCCGAGCGGUGACAACGAGGCACCGAAAAUGCCCGUCAUCGUCUACUUUCAUCCAGGCGGUUUUUACGAAUCGUCGGCUCAGAGCUUCAUCGAAGGACCCCAAUACCUUCUCGAUCACGACAUCGUCCUCGUCACCGUCAACUACCGACUUUCCUCUUUGGGUUUCAUGAGCACCGGCGACUCGCUGCUGCCCGGCAAUCUCGGCUUGAAGGACCAAGUCGAGGCCCUGCGAUGGCUUCGCCUCAACAUCGCCAGCUUCGGAGGCGAUCCCGGCAGUGUGACCAUCACGGGCUACAGCGCCGGUGCCUGGAGCGUCUCCCUUCACAUGGUCUCGCCCAUGUCGCGCGGCCUCUUCCAUCGGGCCAUCGCCGCCAGUGGAUCGGCUAUUUUCCAAGAACUAUUGCCGACCAAUCAGACGCAUUUGGCGAAAAAGCAAGCCGAGAUCUUGGGCUGCCCGACCGACACCGUCGGCAAUAUGUUGGUUUGCUUGAACACCAAGACAGCCGAGGACUUUGCCAACAGCGUCGGACAAUUUUUCGAAUGGCACAACAACCCGGUUAUCCAAUGGAUGCCGGUAGUCGAGCCAGAGGUGCGGGGGGUCGAGCGCUUCAUGCCGGCCCAACCGAUCGAUCUGAUCAGGCAAGGCAAGUUCAAGAAGGUGCCCUUCAUCGCGGGCAUCACGAAAGACGAGUUCGGUGCCAAGAUCGUGCAAAUGAUCGAGGAGGCCAAAGCUGGAAACGACUCGAUGUUUCGAGAUCUCAACGAAGAUUGGGAGCGACUGGCGCCGAUUAAUUUCCUCUACGAGCGAGGCACCAACCUAUCGAGCGAGAUCAGUUAUCAGCUCAAGGAGCAGUACCUCGAUGGCAACAACGUCAGCAUAGACAAUAGUCAAGGACUCGCCAAUCUCUACGCCGACGGCGUGAUAGGCUUCUCGGUGCAUCGAUUGGUCAACCUACUGGCCGAACAUUCCGAUCAACCAGUUUAUUACUACGAGUUUACUUUCCAAGGGCCCUACAGUCACGUGUACUGGAACGACACGAAGAAGCCCUAUGGUGUGACGCACCACGACGAUCUUCUGUACCUGUUCCGAGUGAGCCUCUUCCCCGAGUUCGAGAAAGACUCGCCGGAGAUGCGGACGGUCGAGCGCAUGACGGCCAUCUGGGCGAAUUUCGCCAAGACGGGCGAGCCCAUACCGCUGGAAGGCAGCGGCCUAGAGCUGUUCGCCAACGUCACCUGGGAGCCCUACCGCCUCGACGAGCAGAGAUAUCUGGAGAUCGGCGAGGAGCUGAGCAUGCAGACGCGAUUGAACGCCGAGAGGAUGGACAUCUGGGACAAGCUGUUCCCCAUGGGGCCGGUGCCGCCGACCAGGAGACGCUGAUCUCUGCCCCCUCCCCUUCCAUCACCCCCC